AUGUCCCUUCUACGCAAAGGACAGGUUUAUUCUUUUAUUUACUUCAUAUAUAUAAAUUUCGUCAUUUGUAUUUUCUCUAAAUUUUAAGUUUUAUUUAUUAAAUACAUUUUAAAUGUUCUUCCACUAUACUUUGAUUUUAUAUAAAUUAAUUUUAUUUAUAGCAAUGGGGUACUUUUGCACGUGUUUGGCACAUUUUCGAUGCAACUUGGCAAGAUCCAUUUAAAAGUGCACAUUUGAUAAAAAAGUAUCUUAUGGGAUUAUACAAACCUAUAUAUCAUCCUUUGAAUCAGUGUGGUGACCAUGUAAUAGUAAUAAACAGCAAAAAAAUUGCAUUGCGUGGAGACGAAUGGCAGAAACGAGUAUAUUUUCAUCAUACUGGAUAUCAUGGUGGUGCUACUUGGACUCUUGCAUGGGAAUUACAUAAUAAAGAUCCUACAAUGAUUGUAAAGAAAGCAAUUUAUUCAGCAAUGGAUGGAACUCUACAAAGAAGAUACACUAUGCAAAGAUUACACAUUUUUCCUGAUGAUAAGGUCCCUAAGGAAAUGUUAGUAAAUGUAAGCAAUCAAAUUAAACAAUUGAAAUCUGUUCCAAACAGAUUAUAUGAAAUUCCACAAGAAGAAAAAGACAAAAUCCCAAGGCUUAUACAAUAUCCUUUCGAUUAUCAGCUCAAGUAAAGUUAUAUUUAUAAAUUUAAAAUAAAUUUUAUAUAAUUUAAAAAAAAUUUAAUUGUUUUAUUGUGAUAGAUUGUUGUAAAAGUAGUGAAAAGGUUGAAAAAUAAAUUAACAAAAUUUAUAUAACAUUGACAUUUAUAUUUACAAAUUAUGAAAUAGAUUAUUUACUAGUGAUUGAUAAUAUACCUUUAGGUUUUAAUUGACUAUCCAAAAACUUUUGUUUUUGUUCCUCCUUUUCUUUCAUUAAUGUAGCAUGUCGUUCAACUGCAUAAUCAACUUGUUCAACAAGUUGAAUAAUUUUUCUCUGUAAAUCAAUCAUUUAAUUAAUUAUGGUAUUAAAAUUUCAUAAAGUUAAAAAAUUCAAAAAUUCAAAAAAUUUUAAACAAUACCAUAUAAUCUUGGUGUUUCUGUAUGCGUUUCAAUUGUCUUGAUGCAUAUGCUACAGGUUUAUUGUCUUUAAAGGAAUAAUCAGAUAAUGUAACUAGUGGACCAGUACUAUUUGGAUUUUUUGCUAAAUUUUUUCUGUAAUUAUUAAAUCACAUGACAUUUUACAAUUAAUAUAUGUUGAAAAAAAUAAUGUAAUAAAUUUAUGUCAUAUAAAAUUUAUUCUUACGCUACUCUCCAUUUUUGGUUCAAAUAUAUUGGAAAAGAUGUAUGAAAUCUAUUAACACAGAUAGUCGAAUCUAAAAUAAAAAUAUAAUUAAUAUUUUGACAAAUUUAAGGUUCCUCAAGAAAUUUAAUAUUUUUAAUAUUUUUAACUAAUGUAAGUAAUUACUAUAAAGCACUAAAUUACACUAACUUGUACAAUGGCUUGUUCGCAGGAUUAUUUUCGUCGUAAACAGUAACAUUUUAUUUCAAUAACGUUUUUAUUUAAACAAAUAUUUAUGAUAGUUAUGAAAAUGAUAUUAAAUACACAUGUAAACCAUAGAAUAUAUAUUGCUGAGAUACACUGCCAUCUAUUAGAGACUGUGUCUAAAUAAAGUAUAAUAAAGAGAAUAAUAGUGUGCGAUAAGAACAAUUGGACAGAUUAGUUCUCUCUUUUUGCCGUUAUGUGGUGAUAGUAUUUCAAUGCUUAUGAAUUAAUUAAAUUUUUAUUUAAAAAAUACUAAUUAACAAAAUUACAGUUUAUUAUUCAAGUCUCCCAGUAUAUAUCUACGAAAAAAUCUUUAUUUGUUGAGAUUAUACUACAUUGACAAUAUUGCAUGUGAUAUAAAAAUAGUGAGAUUUAAAACUUAUAAGGUUGGCAAUAUGGUGUCAAUUCAAGUGAACUUCAAAAUUAUUAUUAUUUUCAUAGAGACAAUUCUGGCAGUGUAAGUUGA